AUGCAGUUUUUCGAUGGAUACCAUUAUCACGGGACGACCUUUGAGCAGAGUUAUCGGUGUUAUCCCGCGUCUUUUAUCGACAAGCCACAAAUUGAAAGUGGUGACAAGAUUAUAAUGCCACCUUCAGCCCUCGAUCGUCUGGCCUCUUUGCAUAUUGACUAUCCGAUGCUCUUUGAGCUUCGUAAUGCUGGAAUUGAACGUGUUUCUCACUGUGGAGUCCUUGAGUUCAUUGCAGAAGAAGGAAUGAUUUACAUGCCAUAUUGGAUGAUGCAGAACCUGCUGCUGCAAGAAGGAGACAUUGUGAGAGUUAGAAAUGUCACUCUUCCAAAGGGGACUUAUGUUAAACUACAGCCCCACACUACAGACUUUCUGGAUAUAUCUAACCCGAAAGCCAUCUUGGAGACUGCUCUGAGGAACUACUCAUGCCUAACCACUGGAGAUAGCAUUAUGGUUCCGUACAACAAUAAGAAAUACUUUAUAGAUAUAGUUGAAACAAAGCCUGCUAAUGGAAUCAGCAUCAUAGAAACAGACUGUGAGGUUGAUUUUGCACCUCCCCUUGAUUACAAGGAGCCUGAACGUCCCACAGCACCUGUUGCAGCCAAGGGUCUGGCAAAAGGAAAAGCUGAGGAGGUUGUGGCUGAACCUGAACCAAAGUUCAACCCUUUCACUGGAUCUGGAAGACGGUUAGAUGGGAGACCUCUUUCCUAUGAGCCGCCUCCUGCCUCUUUUGCCUCCUCUAGUUCCAAAGACAAACAGCCUGGAGUUGCUAACGGUAAUGGACAGUCAUCUGUAGCAAGCAGCUCAGAGAAAUCUGCGCGACAGGCUCAAGGAAAGCUUGUGUUUGGGGCCAAUGCAAGUCGUGCUCCCAAAGAAGCUCCGAAAGUUGGAGCUGGAAAAGAGGCAAAACAAGAGGAACAGGAGAAGAAAGAAGAUCCUAAGUUCCAAGCUUUCACUGGGAAGAAGUAUUCAUUGAGGGGUUGA